AUGUUCGAUAACGUUCUGAGCUGGUUCCGCCCCUCCGCCCAGGAGCAGGUUCAGGAGUUGUCCUGGGAUCCCCUCACCUUGACCAUGAAGCAACCUCAGAGUCCCCCCGCCCCCACGACGGACAACAUCGUGACCGACCAGCCGGUACCCGGGGAAGAAAUGGAAUUGCGUCUGCGUGGUGGUGACGGACCCGAAGAUGCGUAA